GAUGGCGGACAGGAGACGAUACGGAGAUUGACAGAUGUAUUUAACAACACGAGUCCUUUUCUAACAUAUUUAUACAUUCAUACACCAGUCAGCAGUGACAGAGAUACAUACCUGCUUGUUACCAACCGGAACAAUGAAGCUGAAACAUGAAGAAGUUUAGCGUCCGUAGUGUUAUCUUGAUUUUAACCGUGUGUUUGGUAGUUUACACAGUGAGGACUAUAAAUGACAGGAUGUGUGAGCAGACUCUGGACUAUUUAGUGUCUCGGGGUGAGAUAGAGAAGAGGGACGCUGCUCAGGUGAGAUGGUCUCAUGCUGUAAACAGCAGGAGCAGCCUGAAGGAGGCGCUCACAGGUCCCACUCAUAUGUUAGAAGCUGACAUAAUUAUGAGAGGUCAUGACCCCAAAGAGCCAAUCAUGGCACAUCCUCCUGAGACAGACAGUGACAUCACACUGAAGGAGUGGCUGGAAGGAGUUAAGGUGCACAACAAGGGGAUAAAACUUGACUUCAAGAGUCUGGAGGCGGUGCCCCCCUCUGUGGCUCUGCUGCAGGAAGUGCUGGCUGAACCCAGCUGUCCUGUAUGGAUCAACGCAGAUGUCCUUCCUGGUCCUGGAGGACAGGCCACACCUCUGGAGCCUCAGGCCUUCCUGGCUGCUGUGGGGAAUCUUCCAUGUGACACUGUGCUGUCUCUGGGCUGGACAACAGGGUGGACUGCUGGUACAGAUAACCCAGGCUACAGCUGGAGUAUGGUGCAUGAGAUGGAGGAGAUAUGUAGAUCACUGAAACAUCCCGUCACCUUCCCAGUGCGUGCAGCCCUCCUGAACCAGUCACACUCCCAGCUCACAUGGCUGCUGCAGCAGUCAGACAGGUACACUCUCACUGUGUGGACUGGCCAGCAGGACGAGUUGACACUACAGGAGUUACUACCCUACAGAAAAGAGUUGGACAUCAGCAGGAUCUAUUACGACCUGCCUGACUUCAUAAGGACAGAGCUCACUAAAAUUUCCAGUUUAGUUUGAUAUGAUGUAGUGGUGCAUGGUCAGGCUCCUGUGGCUGAUCUACUACACCCUUACUUAUCAACUCACUCUCAGGUCAAAUAUGCUACACUUGCUGUCUUGCAGGGUUCCAGCGGAUCCUUAAAAAGUCUUAAAAUGUCUUCAGUUUAGUUUUUUAUAUUGAAGGUCUAAAAUGUGUAGAGUUGUAAUUGUUAAGGUGGACCAUCAAUUCUUAUUGUAGUGACAAUCUCAUCAUAAUUUGUUUUUGUUUUCUUUUUUAAGACAAACAGAAAUACAGAAAGUGUAUAUGAAUUCUUUAGCUUUUUUUUACGAGCAUGUAAAACUCUUUACUCCCACUAUCAGACUGAUGCUGCAGGGGUGUGGGUCAUGUAUGUAGGCUGCAGCUACAGUGUAAAUGAUUAAGGUGAAACUAAGGGUCCUGGCACCACUCAGAUAGAUAAGUAUAAUAUUAACUCUAAUUGUGGCAUAAAAUGGUCUUAAAAUGACAAUAAUAUCAUUUACCACAAUUAUUUCUGAGACAAUAUAUCAUCCAACAGAAGUAGUUAUGGUGACAGGUCUAUGCAUCCUUACAGUCUGCUGAUUCUGUGGAUUUCUUUAUAGCAGCUAAAUACACAUCCGUUUGUGUAACCUGUAUGCAACGUAUGAGUAUCAGUGUUUUUUAGUUAGUUUUUUUCAUUGUUUUAGAUGUGAACUUCUCAAUCUUGUAUACAGUAUCUUGGGUGGUCACUUCAUCUACUGUGUGUUAGUUAUUUUUGUAUGUGUACUAUGCCUUGUAAAGCACUUUGUGACCUAUGUCUAUGAGAAGCGCUAUACAAAUAAAAUUGACUUACCUACAUACUUUAUUAAUCCAUCCAAUAAUUGUAAGUGGGAAUGAGUGAGACAUUGCCAUGCCUAGAGUCAUGCUGCUAGCAUGGUUAAAAUAUAGAACUUACUUACAAAGACAUUUCUAUCUCUCUAAACCUAGCAGAUGUUAUAAAUCAUGACAUGGUAUAUCAUAUAUCUUAUAGGGCCCAAUG